AUGUCCGACUUCAACGUGUAUCAUCAGCUGGGACAGGGAGAGCAGGAUCCCUCAAACCCGAACCGAUCAACCCAACCCGCACCCCCUCAGUUCUCUCCUCCCAUCGCGGGGCAGCAAUACCAGCAAGGAGCUGCAUACGGAUCCCCUCCCCCUCCAGGACAGCAAUACUAUGGCGGUCAACCGCCCAAUCCUGGCUCCGUGCCGUCUCAGGGCUCGCCUUACGGUGCUCCUCAAGGUCAACCAUAUGCGCAAAGCCCUGGUUUCCAGUCUCAGGACAGCUUAGCGGCGCAAAUGGGCGGGAUGUCCCUGGGUGCUGGAGAUGGUCACAACACCAUCAGGAAGAAGAAGAAGGAUCGUCAUGCCUACCACCAGGUCGAGGCGACAGGUUCCUCGCAAGCCUUUAAUGGCAUUCCUCCCGCCGGUACUCCUGCGACUUCUUUCCUCAACGCCGAUCCUAUGCAGGCCCAGUACUUUAACCCUCAAGUUACCCCUGCCAUGAACCAGUUCCCCGCUGCUGCUGGCCAGACCUUUACGCCCGGCGCUCCCGUCUCUCCCGCCGAAUUUGCGACCCGAAACGGUGCCGAUGCUGGUGGGCCCCCCGCUGUCGUACAGACCGGCGGACACCAGAAGCUCUCUCUCGAUGAUUUACCGAGCGUCCCCGUCUCUCGUGAUUCCCUCCAACAGCACUACUUCACGAACGUUUAUCCUACUUUCGAGAAACACUUGCCUCCUCCUGCGACUGUUUCCUACGUUGCCUACGACCAGGGCAAUGCCUCGCCCAAGUAUGCGCGUUUGACAUUGAAUAGCAUUCCGGCGAGUGCUGAGGGCCUCGCUCUCACAGGUCUUCCCAUGGGCCUGCUCCUGCAGCCGCUGGCUCCUCUGCAACCUGGCGAGCUCGAGAUCCCCAUCCUCGACUUUGGCGAGUCCGGCCCCCCCAGAUGCCGCCGGUGCAGAGCCUAUAUCAACCCGUUCAUGAUGUUCCGGUCCGGCGGAAACAAGUUCGUUUGCAACCUGUGCACAUAUCCCAAUGAUACCCCCUCCGAAUACUUCUCUGCUCUCAGUCCCCAGGGUGUAAGAGUCGACCGCGACCAGCGUCCUGAGCUUACCAGGGGUACCGUGGAGUUCGUUGUGCCCAAGGAGUACUGGACCAAGGAGCCCACUGGCCUGCACUGGCUGUUUGUGAUUGAUGUCACCCAGGAGUCUUUUAACAAGGGCUUUAUCGAGUCGUUCUGUGAGGGUAUCCUUGCUGCUCUCUACGGUGGUGAGGACGCUGAGAGGGACGAGAAUGGCGAGCCCAAGCGCACAAUACCUGCAGGGGCCAAGGUUGGUUUUGUGACUUACGACAAGGACAUUCACUUUUACAACGUCAACUCUUCUCUGGACCAAGCUCAGAUGAUGAUCAUGCCUGACCUUGAGGACCCCUUCGUUCCUCUGAGCGACGGCCUCUUUGUCGACCCUUAUGAGUCCAAGGACGUCAUCACUUCCCUGCUUACGAUGCUGCCUACCAUGUUCUCAAACAUCAAGAACCCAGAACCCGCCCUCCUCGCUGCUCUUAACUCGGCCGUUUCUGCGCUGGAGAAGACUGGUGGAAAGAUUGUCUGCUCUCUGGCCGCCCUGCCUACCUGGGGCCCUGGUCGUCUGUUCCUCAGGGAUGAUGGCAAGCACCCCGGUGGUGAAAUUGACAAGAAGCUCUUCUCCACUGAACACCCGGCAUGGAAGAAGCUUGUCGAGAAGAUGGUUUCUACCGGCAUCGGCUCCGACUUUUUCCUCGCCUCCCCAUCUGGCGGUUACCUCGACAUCGCUACUGUUGGCCACGUCGCUGCCUCAACAGGCGGUGAGACGUUCUACUACCCCAACUUCAUUGGCGCGCGGGAUAACACCAAGCUGUCUAUGGAGAUCAAGCAUGCAGUCACCCGUGAGACUGGUUUCCAGGCUCUGAUGAAGGUGCGGUGCUCGAAUGGACUUCAGAUCAACGGCUAUCAUGGAAACUUUAUCCACCAUACAUUUGGCGCUGACCUCGAGAUCGGAGUCAUCGACGCGGAUAAGGCCAUGGGUGUCACUUUCUCGUACGAUGGCAAGUUGGACUCCAAGCUUGACGCGCACUUCCAAUCUGCUCUGCUGUACACCACGGCAUCUGGCCAGCGUAGAGUGCGCUGCUCCAACGUCAUUGCCAGCGUUUGCGACAACCCGAGGGACUCUGUUAAGUUCAUUGACCAGGACGCCGUGGUCGCCAUCCUCGCCAAGGAGGCAAGCACAAAACUGGCCACGACCUCUGCGACUCUGAAGGAUGUCCGCAACCAUCUGACCGAGAGGACAAUUGAUAUCCUGUCAUGCUACCGCAAGAACUUCCUCACCGCAGCUCAACCCGAUGGUCAGCUUGUCAUGCCCGAGAGACUGAAGGAGUUUUCGAUGUACAUGCUUGGCCUCAUCAAGUGCCGUGCCUUCAAGGGCGGCAAUGAGAGCUCCGACCGCAGGGUGCACGAGAUGCGCAUGAUCCGCUCAAUGGGCGCCAUGGAGCUCAGUCUGUACCUAUACCCGCGUAUGAUCCCCGUCCACAACCUCGCCCCCGAAGAUGGCUUUCCGGACGAGUCGGGUCACCUCAAGGUGCCCCCGUCGAUCCGUACCUCAUUCUCCCGCGUCGAGCCCGGCGGCGUCUACCUCGUCGACAACGGCCAGCAGUGUCUGCUCUGGUUCCACGCACAAACGUCGCCGAACCUCAUUGCCGACCUCUUCGGCGAGGACAAGACCACCCUGCAGAGCCUCGACGCCUACACGUCGUCGCUGCCUAUUCUUCAGACGCACCUCAACGCCCAAGUGCGUAACAUUGUCGAGUUCUUCAAGACGAUGCGCGGAUCCAAGGGUCUGGGUAUCCAGCUGGCAAGGCAAGGCAUCGAUGGUGCUGAAUACGAGUUUGCCCGUAUGCUGGUCGAAGACAGGAACAACGAGGCACAGAGUUAUGUCGACUGGCUUGUGCACCUCCAUAGGAGCGUCCAGCUCGAGUUGUCCGGCCAGAGGAAGAAGGACGAUCCAUUGACGGAUGCCAACGCUCUAGCAGGCUUUGCCGGCUUGAGGCCUAAUUAUUGGUAA